AUGGCCGUCGAUGACUUUCUACACUAUCAACUACGCCACUUCAUCUCGUGUCCCGAACCCGACCUCCUCUACUAUGCGAGCGGCGCUACCGUCUACUGCCUCAAUGCGGCUACACGAACCCAAGCCCACGUAACCACACUACCCUGGGAGGCACGCUGCACCGCAUCCGGUCACGGCUAUGUCUGCGUCGGUGGGGAGGAAAACGGGAAUUUUGCAGCCAUCAAGGUCACCGGCUUCCCUCCUACCGACCCCUCCGACGUCGACGCCUCCCUGCCUUUUGACUUGGACCAUCGCCUGCCACGACCGCCACUCCUAGGCGCCGCGUCGCGCAUACGCCUCGAGAAGAUUGGAACCGAUAUCGUCAACUCCAUAUCAAUACACAAGCUGCCUGCGGAUGGCCACGGUCAGGAUGACAUUGUCGCAGUCCUUACCAACAACGACAAGACAGUGCGCAUAUACUCACUCACCCAGAACCUGGAGCUGGCAGUACUUGACCUGCCCUUUGCAAUGAACCAUGCCACCAUAUCGCCCGAUGGACAAAUGUUGGUCGCCGUCGGCGACGCCCCGAUUGGCUACUUUUUCCAACGUACAAAGUCGCAAAAGUCCGGCAGCAAGCCCCUUGAGACGUGGAUACUAUCGACCCCCCCAGAGUGGGAGCUGCUCAAGCAUGUGACGCUGUACCGUCCCGCAAAUUCGCAUGCCGACGGCUACUUUACAACGGCAUGGUCACCUGCGGGCCGUCUCUGCGCCGUUGGCUCGGAAUGCGGGUACAUUACUGUUUUCGAUGUGGAGCUGUUGAAAACGGUCGAGUAUGGCGAGGAUGCCAUAUUGCAGCUAAUCAGCUCUACAAGACCAGACACCCGAACCGGGCCCGGUGCAGUGCGGACAAUGCACUUCUCACCAGCCCCAUGGGACUUUCUCAUAUGGAGUGAGGAUCAAGGAAGAGUAUGCAUCGCUGACUUGCGAGCUGGUCUUAAGGUGAAGCAAGUCCUCACAUUGGACUCGAAAGAGGAAGGUUUGGAGAAUGUCGAAAUAGCCGACUUUGACCUGACUCUCAGUCCAGAGAUGCAUGAGUUGCGGAGAGAAGCAGACUUCAUCCGGAGAUACCGCCGCGCUCUCGAUUCUGAAGGGACUGCGGCGGCCGUGAAUGCAGCAAAUGAAUAUUUCGAAGCCGACUCUGAGCGACAAAGACUGCAUCGCCGAUUGGGUGUGGUAGAGUCAGAUAACGACCCGCUUGGCUUGACGGCACGCGAAAGGCAGGUUCUCAGUGCCCUACGGACUAGCCAAAGGCAGCGCGAGGACGCUCGCGAGCAGGGAAUAACGCCCAGGAGCAUCAACUACACGACUUCUGGGCACCUUGACACACCAUUGGAGCCCACCGCUCGCGAUGUAGCUGAUGUCAUGGCCCAAUUCAUGAUGGAAGGCACUAGCCCAAACCAUUCACAUCGCUGGCUUCAAGAGCGCACAACGCCCCGACGCCAAGCCUCUGUAAUUGUAUCAAUCAACGAGGGCACUGUCAACGCGCCUGCCAUAGUCACCAACAUUACCGACACGGCCAUCACACGGUCACCCAAUCCAGUUCCAGCACAUGCACGUCGUGUGCCGAAUAGCGAAAUAAUCGCUUCAACGGAUGCAGCGUGGCGCACAGUGGAGGAGGCGCUUGCGGUUGAACAAGCUCGGGCUGCGAACCGUAGCACAGCAUUGAAUACACUCGGUGCUGAUGGUAACCCCACUGCGCCAGAACUUCGCAGUGAACUUCGCCGCAUCCGCCAAUUGACGCAGGCGCGUGAGCGACUUCGAAACACUCGCGCUGGUCAGCCCAUGACGGAAAGUUACGAAUUCAGUCUGGGCCUUCGUCGAGCGAGUCGUACCACACAUGAUGCCAGACUGGGUGCGCGUACAGCAGGGCUUGCUAUGAGCCAAGACGGAAAGACAUUAUACUGUGGUACGGAGGAAGGCAUCUUUGAGUUCAAGAUGAACCUCCAUGCGAACAGGUUGGAGCGCACCGGUACCUCGAUGUAA